AUGGAUAUUCUGACUUCCCCCACCUUCAUCGCGUCUGCUUCGUUAGGAGCGCUCGCUGUUUAUUAUCUUGCUGGAUCACAAAAGCGGGGAUCGCGACAUCCUCCAGGCCCGCGGCGUCUCCCAGUGAUAGGCAAUGCACACCAAAUGCCAGACAAAGAUCCUUGGCUCGUAUUUGGAGAAUGGGGGAAGCAAUACGGCAAUAUCAUUCACGUCGACGUUUUCGGGCAGUCAUUGAUCAUCAUCAAUUCCACAAAGGUGGCCAAAGACCUGCUUGAUAAGCGCUCGUCUAUUUACUCCGAUCGACCCCACUUUAAAUUUGCAGGAGAUCUGUAUGCCCAUCCCCCCAUUGUCAUCCUAAUGAAUAUAAUGAUAGUGACUAUUGGCAUGCCUUCAGAGUUCACUACGACGAAACAUUUGUUCUCCAGCCAUAUGGCGAGAAUUGGAGAAAAUAGCGCCAGCAUGGUCCCCCGUUAUUUCAGCCUGCAGGACAAAGAAUCGGCGAGGCUAGUGCGAAACUUGAUCAAAGACCCCAGCAAGUUCAUAUCUGAGGUCAAUCUGCGAAUAGGAAUCAUUAUCCUCAGAGUGACGUACGGGUAUUACGUUGAGUCUGCAGACGACCCGUUUUUGACAACACCGCUGUUGGCCAUGGCGAAUUUUGGGAAAGCAACGCAGCCCGGAAAUUUCUUGGUCGAUUUCGUGCCUGCUUGUGGACAGAGGGAGCGGAAUUUAACAAUGGAAUCUGCAGUGAAGCACAUACCUCGAUGGAUGCCGGGAGCGGGUUUUCUGAAGACUGCUGAAGAAAUGCAUAAAGUGAUGUGGUCAGCAACAUGGAACAAUUACGAGUGGUGUAAAAACAACUUGGAAGCAGGGGAAAAUAUCACGGAGGAUGACGAGUUGAAACUUGGUUGGGCUGCGUCAAGUGUCAUGGGAGGAGGUCUUGAUACAAAUGUAUCCUCGGUUAUGAUGUUCUGGGCUGCUAUGAUUCUGAACCCCCAAAUCCAAGCAAAGGCGCAGGCAGAACUUGAUAGUGUUGUCGGAAAGGAUAGAUUACCCACCAUAUCAGAUAGGCCGCGAUUGCCGUAUAUCAGGAGCAUAAUGGCGGAGGUGUUUCGUAUGGGUCCUUCUAUACCUCUAGGUCAGUUUAUCACCUGUGCCGUUUUUGCUAACGCCGACAAAGUCCACCCUCCAGGAAUACCCCAUGCAGUUAGUGAAGAUGAUGUUUAUGAAGGAUAUCAUAUACCCAAGGGCGCCUUUAUCUUGCCCAACGUUUGGCACAUGUUGCAUGACCCAGAAGUCUAUCCAGACCCGAUGGAGUUCAAACCCGAGAGAUUCAACGGCAGCGAAUCAGAAAUGAAGAAGGCGACAGAUCGUACACUCUUUGCGAUUAUUGCAACUACUCUCGCGACCUGCCAUAUUCUGCCUGGACUCGAUGAACAUGGGAAGGAAGUGUUGCCCAAGUUUGCGUACACCCCGGGGACAAUUACUUUCCUGGAGCCAUUUCCUAUGAGGCUCAAGGCACGCUCUCCGGAUGCCGUUUCUUUGUUAGAGAAUGUCCCUUCGGAUGUUGAGUAA